CAAGGGUGGCGACCAACUUUCAAAGGGACCCUUAUUGUCCUGUCAUCAUCAAACAGUUGCUUCUCUUGAAAGUUCAAACAAACCUGGUGAAGACACAAUCCAGCUUGCCACUGUAGCGCCAAGCAACUGCUUCAAAUGCCUUACACGGUUGUUUACUCUCAGAAGAAGUUUCAACCACCCAACACCUCGGACUAACUCACCUAUCCACAUGUUACCACCCAUUCAAGAUAUCAAGAUGCCAAUUGAACUAUCCAUGCCACUAGCAAUGGGCUUUCAGACACGCUCACCAAGAUCAAUGAAAAUCACCUGCCUGACAAUUGGCACGAGAGGCGAUGUCCAACCAUACAUAGCCCUUUGUCAAAGAUUGAAUCAACUAGGACAUAUCUGCACCAUUGCAACUCAUAAAAACUUCCGAGAUUGGAUCGAAAGCAGUGGGAUUCUUUUUGCCGAAAUCGAAGGAGACCCAGAAGAGCUAAUAGAACAUUGCGUAGAAUUUGGCGUCUUGUCACCAUUCUUUUGGUGGAAUGGCCUCUCCCGUUUCACUCCUUGGUUUGAUGGACUCCUCACAAGCUCCUGGAAAGCCUGUCAAGGAAGCGAUCUGCUAAUUGAAAGUCCAAGCGCUCUAAUUGGUGUCCACAUCGCCCAGAGUCUCAAUAUUCCAUACUACCGAGCUUUCACAAUGCCUUGGACAAAGACUGGCGUAUACUUCCAUGCUAUGCUAGCGAUGAGUGAUACUUGGGGAAGCUGGAUUAAUCGGAUGAGUUAUAUCCUCUUCGACCUUCUGCUUUGGGCUAUCCUUUCAAGCCGAAUCAACGCCUGGAGAGAAUCAGUGCUGGGUUUAGAGCCAACGACUUUUUCUCAACUUAGACUUGAUCAAGUACCAUUUCUUUACAAUUUCAGUUCAUUUGUGGUACCUAGGCCGGAUGACUGGCAGCCAUGGGUGAAAACAACCGGGUAUUGGUUUCUCAAUUCCCAAGAAAACACAUCUUCGGAAAAGUAUCCUGAAAACAGCAUACCUGAAGACCUCAAAAAAGUCAUACAUCAAGUCAAAGAAAGCGGACGCAAAAUCGUCAUUGUUCCAGACCCGGAAAAAAUCAUGAAUGCCAUCAUAGGUGCGGUAAAAGAGUCAAACGUAUUUGCCAUCGUAUCUGGAGGUUGGACAGCGCAACAAGCAGAGAGGAUACACGAGUCAUCUGCCAUGAGGGCGUAUAUCAACCAGCACCUCGAUUCGAUGUACUACGUGGAUUCGAUUCCUCAUGGAUGGCUGUUCGACCAGAUAGAUGCCGCUCUUCAUCAUGGAGGUGCAGGGACAACAGCAGCGAGCAUCAAAGCCGGAAUUCCCACGAUGAUCAAGCCCUUUUUUGGAGAUCAAAAUUUCUGGGCUCGAAGGGUAGAAGAGCUGGGCGUUGGUACCCAUCUUAAAACAUUUGAAAAGCAGGAUAUUCUUCAAGCUAUCCGACGGGCGACUACCGACGAAAACCAGAUCAAUCAGGCAAGAAUUCUUGGAGAAAAAAUCAGACGAGAAAACGGAGUGGAUAAUGCAAUCAAGGCAAUCUACGAGUAUCUGGACUAUUCGCAGUGUCUGAUUGAAACGACCCGUUCUCUAAGCUCACAAUCCCAACCAAACCAAUUUUCUCAAGUGGCCUCAGCCGUCAAAUCCAAAUUCUCCAGCACCAUCAAAGCUGUCUAUUUUUAUCGCCCUGCAACCCUGUCGAGGAGUAAUUAUGAUGCUUAUAGCUCACUGGUCUAA